AUGUGUAAAUUGCAAUAUAUAUUUUUAAUGGGUGUAUGUGGGUCGGGUAAAAGCACAGCCGCUGAAAAAUUAUCGAAAUUAAUUGGUGCUAAAUUUAUUGAUGCUGAUUAUUAUCAUUCGCCUGAAAAUAAACAAAAAAUGGCAAAUGGUAUUUCGUUAACAGACGAUGAUCGUAUUCCAUGGCUUGAAAAUUUAUCUCAAAUUAUCAUGAAUUCUAAAGAACGACUUGUAAUUGCAUGUUCAGCAUUAAAAAGCAGCUAUCGAAAAAUUUUAACGAAAAAUUUGUUGAAUUAUUUUAUUUUCAUUCAUUUAAAUGUUGAGAGGAAUGAGCUAGAACGACGACUUGAAUCACGAAAAAACCAUUUUGUCAAUACUAAACUUCUAAGUUCACAAUUAAAUUCAUUAGAAAUACCAAUUUUUGAAACAAACUGUUAUAUUAUUGAUGCAAAUAAAGAUAUUGGUCGAGUUUUAGAUGAGAUAUUACAGAUUCUAUUAAAAUAUCAAAUACCUUGA